GCAUGCAUAUAUACAGUAAACACAUACUGUAUACACAAAAAACUGAGCAUAUAUAAAAACUUUCCCUGUAAUAUGAUAGUUUAAGAGAAUUAGAUUUUUUCCAUAAGUUACAGCCACAAUAAAACACACACACACACACACACACACACACACACACACUUUCUGCAGUACGUCCCUUGCUAGAGGGGGACCAAAAAUAAUAACCUACUACUAAAUUGACCCAUUUUUCAUACUUAUUUUGGGAUUCACUAGAACAUAAAGUGCUUGUUGAUUGGUCUAAAACAAUGUGUAAAAUAACAUUAACACCAUCUGGCAAUUCUCACUAUCAAAGUUGCUUUAAUCCAAAACAACUUCCUCAUCCUAUAAACACACGGGGACCACAGUCUAAUCAAACCGUUGUCUCCGGUAUUUAUUUUGCUGCUUUCGUUAUAAACUAAUAUUCGUGUUCCUCAGCCGGAGUGUGUUUGGCACAGAGAGUGGGAUGUCCGCAGCACAAGCACAGCAGGCCCUGCCUGGCAUGGCUCAAGGAUUUGGAGCUCAGUCAACCAAUCCGUUUGUCGCGGCCCCGGCAGCCCCUCCCACAAACCCCUUCCAGAGCAACGGCAGGGCGGCCCACAUGACGGCAGCCGCCGCCGCUGCAGCAGCAGGCUCCAUGAGUAUGCCCGCUGGAUUUGGGAAUGUGGCAGCCUUCAACCUCCCCACCAGCUUCAGUGGAACGUUCCAGCAGCCGUUCCCCGGGCAGGCCCCCUUCCCUCAGCCCCCGGCGUACCCCCAGCAACCCAACGGUGUGUGUUACUGUGUGCAUCAUGUAGAUAUAGACGUAUCUGUAAUAACAACUACACUGAGUUUCAAGCUUGCAAGGGCUUCUGACAUAAUUGCACCUGCAUUGAUUUAAAAUGCCACCAUUCAAUUAGGUUUGUUUACUUGAACAUGAGUAAAGGAUUCCCAGUCAAAAC